AUGUCAACUUGCAGUAACGGGGAACAUGACACUCCUGUACCUUCACGGGUUAGCCGCCGAUCCAACGACGCCAGAAAAAUAGCCAAACAUUUCACUAAAAAAGCAGCAGCCGAGAACAACUUGAACACUUUUUCACAGAAAGUUGAUGUUUUAUCCGCAAUCGAACCAAAUAGGAAACUCUUUGGAAUAAAAAGUGCUACUCAAAAAAAUAUUCAUUUGUCCAAUCAAGUGAUUGAAAUUAAACAUUCUGGAUAUGAAAAACUUGAAGCCACUACAUUAAAAUUCGUCACUAACCUCAUCAUUGCUGCUAUCAAGACAUUCAUCGUCACCCUCACCCUCGUCACCACGGCCUACCCGCUCACAUCAGGGAGUACCAACAAACUCACAUUCGGGGACAUCAGCGGCACCCCUCACAACCGCCCACUGCAAGUGGUCAACGUGGACGAAAUGUUCAAAGAGCUGCAACCAGGAAAGAUACCUCAUGAACGCGAGAGCACCUGGAAAGCCACGUCAUCCUCUGCUGGCACGCACCUCCCGCCUGCACACGCACGCAAAUGCAGUUUGGAGAACCAGACGAAACACUCGAAAGCAGCUGACCUGCUGCAAAAAGUGAACGACUUGAUAUUUUUCAGUUGGACUGGCUGGUCAGCAUGCCAACUUGAAACGUGCACGAGAACUCGCAGAAGGUUCUGCGCUUCCAGGAGAUGGUGCGAGGAGACGGAGUUGCUGGAGGAGAAGGCGUGCAGUAGAAAGUCCAAGGAGGGAACAUGUUGUUAG